AUGAGUUCACCGGCGGCCCAGCCAGCCCUAGCCGGCCCCUCCUCAAACGGGUCUCGCAGCUUCGUCGACUUGCCGCGAGAGGUUCAGAGAGAAAUCGUUGGGCAUUGCAAACGAGAUGAUCUAGUUUGCCUGGCGUUGGUGUCGAGACACUUCCGCGACCUAGCCGCCUCCGAACUCUACCGACACUUCACGCUCGUCCUCCCCGAUACCAGCAGUCCCUACGUUUCUGAUGAAGUUGAUCCGCUUGCUAUUGGCUUCAAUACUUUCGUUACGAGCGAUCACAACUAUGCGCAAUACUUGAGAAGUAUCAGCCUCGAUACCCUUUACCUGGGUGACAAGGCUGAGCUCUGCUGCCGGCCCUAUCUCGCCUACCAGACGUGCGGCAAGUUCUUGAACACGCUUUUGCAACUUACGCUGCGAAAAGCACGUUGUCUGGAGUCUUUCAAGUGGAAUGUCCGCAUCGAGCCCAGCCGCCCAGUGUACAAAGAGCUGCACCAGCUAGGCACGCUCUCGCACCUUCACAUUCGACUUCAUGCCGGCGCUUCGCAAUAUUUGACCCCGCCUCCUCUCCCUUAUGACCCAUCUCAGCCGCCCUCUUCACCACCGCCUAUUGAUAUCACCCCAGUUUCCACUCUCCCACCACCUCCGUCUGCAUUUGGGAUCAUACCCCCCCCACCACCCACCCAGGGUUUCUACCUACCCGUGUCAAACCCGCUACCCACACACCAAGCGCCUAAGAUUCGUCAUCGAACCGCCAAGCGGCCACCUGGGGUGAAAGAGCCACCGACCCUGUCCGGGUUCAAGGACUUGAAGAGCCUUGCGGUGUUGGACAUUGAUGACAUCGACGCCAUUUCGGAGUUGCAAACCUGUGUGCGCAACUCAGCUGGAACACUCACGGAACUCAAACUUUCCUUCUCGGAGAGGUACGCCAAGUUCGCUCGGAAACCCUCGAAUGAUCCGGAGCCCGAAGAUUCAGAGGACGAAGAUGACAUCAUGCCCAUACCUGUUCACCCGCACUCCCAGGUCGAGGAUAUGGGGAGCGUUCUGCAGGCACAGGAGUUGAGAAAGACCCAGGAGACUGUUCUUGGCAAAAUUUUCGGCGUCGAGUCGACAGCCUCUGAGAAGCUGCAGGAAGUGAUUAACGACUCGGGGAAGAAGGACAAAAAUAAGAAAAGCAAAGAGAAAUCCAACCAGGAACUCAUCGACCUCGUAAAAGCAUUGGCGUCCAAGGUCUUGGAAGCAGUCGAUGGCACCAAGGAACCCACCGUGUCGCAAGAGCUUGUCGACAUCAUUAAUACCGCCGCCCAAAGCUAUGUGGAUGAGGCCAAGUUGCGCAAGGAGCAAGAAAACACCAAGACCGACGACCCCAGCGCCUCUUCUUCGUCCCCGGGCACGAGCAAAACUGCAGGUGACGGUGUCGUUGAGGAGCCCGCCGAACCCGCUGUACCGGAAAUUAGUCUCUUUAGUGACACCCCGACCUCGCCGAAAAAGAAGGACGACAACAGGGGUGCGGACCCGGAUGAUAUCGACAUUGAGGAGCCCGAGGAGCAGCUCACGAUUGACUCCGAGGAACCAACCGCUGGCGAGUUGCAGAACACUGACUCGCAGCUGAGCGAGGCGGUGGCGGAAAUUCCCGUGGAACUCCCGGCAAUCCCAAACCACACCCUUUCUGAAGCCCGGGCCGAGUAUGGAAAGGUCUUGGCCAGUUUGAAGUCCCGGAAGGCGGAGUAUCAGGCUCUCGCUGAGGAACUGGAAGCGUUUGAAUUGCAGGCCACCACCUUGAGCAAGGAGAUACGGCGCUGGCGUUCUAAUGAAUCGUCUAGCGAUAUCAACAACCUUGGUGGUGCCGAGUCGCAACUGCUGAGUCUCACUAGGAGCAUCCGCGAUAUGCAGAAAGAGAUCAGUGCGUGCCAGAUCGCCAUCGAUAGCGCCGAGACCGUACCACCAAACGAGCUAGAGUCGCGCAAGGAGCAGGUCCGCCAGAUGCGUGACUACGUGCGGGAAACGCGGGGUCUUGCUCUAAAGUCCCUGAGCAUCUAUCUGAUCCCAGUGAAGGCAUCGGUCUUGUCCAAGGCGGUUGACUUGCGGGCCCUACGCCACUUGUCGCUCCUCAACGUCGGCGUUCAGGCCCCAGUUUGGUCGCUGUUGUACAAGGAGAACAAGGAAGCGCCGCUGCCCCUGCGCAGUAUCUUCACCGACAACGUCUCAACGGUGUUUUUGAGAUUCGUCGGCUCACUCAAGGAGGUUCACGAGCUUUUCAUGCUCGAACGCGAAACUAGUGCCAAGCCUGAGAGCUUUGCGCCGCGGACGCAGGCGACCAUCGACACUAUCCGCUCGAUGGUUCUGAAGAAGCACAUGGGAAGUCUACGGCGUUUGAUGAUUAAAAAUUUGGCCGAUAAGAAUUGGGACAUGGAUCAAAGCGCCAUACUCCUACUCUGCCGGCAGGGGAAACGGCUGGAGGAGCUAGCAUGCAAUAUGAGUAUCAGAGCCUUGCACUGCUUCAUGCAACACGUCUCCGGCCUCACCGCCCUACGUGCGCUGCAUGUUGUCCGCCUCCGCAAUGACGAUACGUGCGUGUGGGUCAUGCGCGAGACAAAACGGUUCCUGGUAGACGCUGUCUCCCAUUAUUCGCACCUCAAGCUCCGGUGGUUGUCUAUAGAUGAGCCUGACUCUGUCGACAAACUGGUGUGGUCGACCCGGUGGACGGAUGAAAACGAGCAGGGGGAUACUAAAGGGAAUGAUGCUACCGGGAGUACCAGUAGCAGCACUGGUGUUGGGAAGGGUAAGGGGAAGAGCAAGGGAUCGACCGGUACGGGGAAGAGUGGGAAGAAAGCGAAGGGCAAAGGCAAAGCCGGCGGCACAUCGGAUCCGCUGGAUGGUAGCGGAGACCUGGAUAUCGCGGCCAUUCUGGCUGCAGCUGGGCUAGACGAGGGCAGCAGCAAGGAUGAAGAUGAUGAAUUUUGGGGGCAGAAGAUUGAGAUUGUGGAUGGACUCCGGUAUUGUGAAGCGGAGGGGGUCAAGAUUUUCGAGAAGGAGAUUGUUUCAGGGCGGUUGUGA